AUGUUCCUGCUUCCCUGCAGUCUUCUAAUGAAGCAAAAGAAAUUUCUCUACAAUUUCAAGAACUUGCGAUGGGCUAAAGGCCGUCAUGAAACUUACCUUUGUUAUGUGGUAAAACAGCGGAAUAGUGCCACAUCCUGCUCCUUGGAUUUUGGAUAUCUGCGCAAUAAGGCAGGUUGCCAUGUUGAAGUUCUCUUCCUGCGUUACAUUUCCACUUGGGAUCUGGAUCCAAGGCACUGCUAUCGUAUCACUUGGUUCACCUCCUGGAGCCCAUGUUAUGACUGUGCCCGGCAUGUGGCUGACUUUUUGUGUGCAUAUCCUAAUCUAACACUGCGCAUUUUUGCUGCCCGCUUGUACUUCUGCGAGGAACGCAAUGCUGAGCCUGAAGGGUUGCGACGUCUACACCGUGCAGGAGUUCAGAUUGCCAUCAUGACCUUCAAAGACUAUUUUUAUUGCUGGAACACCUUUGUGGAAAACCGCAAAAAGACCUUCAAAGCCUGGGAAGGGCUUCAUGAAAAUUCUGUGCGUCUUGCCAGACACCUCCGUCGUAUCCUUUUGCCACUUUAUGAAGUUGAAGACCUGCGAGAUGCCUUCCGAAUCCUUGGACUUUAAACUCCUGCUUGGAGAGAAAUGGAGGUGGAAAGAUGCCAGCAUGAUUUGGGAUAGUCUUCAAAAUUCAACUUUUUGUCCCAGUUCUUCUUUCUCUCCUAUCAUAAGUAUCAAAUUCUGAGAAAAGCGUGUCUAAGGAAAAAAGAGAAAGGUGUUUUGAGCUUUCUUCAUCUGCAUACUGGGACUGGGCCUUCUUGUACUCUGUUCUCCAUGGGAAGAAGCCAGAGUUGGAGCUGUCCAAGGCAUGUGGCCAUAUUUAUUAUUGCUAUCAGAAAGGUCAGCCAGACAAAUGGACAAUUUAGGGAGAUAGCCAUUUGUACUAAAGAAAAGGAUCUUACAAAAUCUCCUAGAAUUAGUAACAGACAUGGAGUUCAAAUAUUAAACUUGAUUUAAAUUGCCAAGGUAUUUAGCAUCCACAGAAAACUCUGGGUUUAUAUGGAAGGUGACAUUUGAAACCUGAUGCCUUAUACUAAGCAGUACACAGAAACACUGACACAUCUCACUAUAUUUGUUUCUAGUAGAGGCCCACUGUAAAUCUGGAGGGCACUGCUGAUUUGGCAGUGCAUUCUUCAUUGUGCAUUCUUCAUUGUGUC